AUGACCUCGAUUCUACGCUCAUCCUGGCGCUCAGUGACAUUACAGGAACAUUGGUUGCGACCGUGGCCCCAGCUUCACGACAAACACGAGCGGUGCGGUCCUGGCGCGCCCGGGCGGCUCUGCGCCGCCGCCAGGAGUUGGUGGAGUGAGUGGGGAUUGGCACUGGUUUGCGGAUAUACCACACAGAUCCGUUCGGAGGCCCCCAUAACGGGCAUUGCAGAUGAUGAGGCGUACGCCUGCCUGGUUGAGAGGCUCAAACACGAGCUGCGGGCCCGCACGGGCAGGGAGUCUCCCUGGAGUGCCCAACCGCAGAGUUUUCCUGGAGUGCCCAACCCCAGCGGGACCGCGAUUUCGCUACCGCCCUUGGUGCGGCUCUGCAAUCUGGUGAGUCAGUGCCUGCUUCCCUGGAGUCGUUCCGCGACGCUCGUGCCUCCCUCACACCGCAGUUGGUUACGAGUCACCGGGCCCUCCCACUCCGCAGAGGACGAACCUGAGCUCGACCUUACUCGUGGAUGGCAGCGCCUGGCGGCCCGGGUCCUGUUAAGUCGGGACUUGUCGGACCAAACCGAUGCUGUACUUGACAAAGCAGUGCGCCUGGCCAGGCAGGAGCUCGGAAGAAGGCGACCAAGCAAUCUCGAUGAGGAACGUGCAGUUUUUCCAGUCGCGUUGAUGGGCUUAGCCAGCCUCACGCAGCCCGACAUGGACUGGGAAGUGGAGGAUUUCAGCACGCUCAUGUGGGAGUUGUGGACUGGUGCAACGCAAGGCACUCAGUCAGCCACGCGUCUUCCUUGCCUUGCCGAAGAUGACGAUGCCUGGCAAGGCGCAUGCGAAGAGCUUCUCGAGGUUGUCAGGGCUAGCAGGAUUUGGCUCCGGGCCAAAUGGCGUUUGAGAGCUAUCGGAGCUCUGUGGUUUGCGGCUUUGGCAUGCCUACUCGCAGUGCAGUGGGGGACAUGGACGGGCCGCACACGCCUCAUGCUGGUAUGUGCAAGCAUUAUCUUGCCCCUCGUCAGUGAGGGAUUGCGCAGACACUGGCCUCAAUCUAAUGAUUGGUCAGACACGCCACUCAGACGAGGAGCAGAUUCAGGAGAGCAGAUGAAUGACACAGUGAUUUCAUCCCCAGCAGUGCCGAGCGAGAAUGUUCACGUUCGCGGAGCUUCGACCGAAUUGAUGCAGUCACUCACUUCCUUGGCUAGUGUACCGUUGCGCGGAGCCCCGCCGCCACCUGCCCCUGCGCUUCGCUGGCGCCCGGCGGUUGGGCAAGCCGUGAUGGUGAUGGACAAGCCUCCAUACCAGGAUUUCAGAAAUGAAUAUGGUGUGGUGACAAAUGCCCACGAGUCGGGCUUGGUGGACAUCUCAUUGUGCAGCGGCGCCCUGCUGUAUCAGGUUAGUGGCGAGUCAUUGAAGGUAGCGCAACUCACAGGUGACGAGCCUGAAUGUGAUCAGCUGGCCAGUAUGUGUUCGAAGGCCCUUCUGCCGGAUUCCGAAGUGAGAGGACCAUUGCCCAGAAGUGAUGCCAAGGACAACCUUUAUGCUCCCUUGUCUAUGGCCACGAUCGAAGCCACCCAGUCACAGGCGAAGCUGGUCAAGGGUUUGCUGGUCAAAUGGGCGGCGCGUUCUGCGCUCAUACCCAGCUGGUCUCGCAAUUUCUGGAAAGAAGUGGGCGACAUCGGGAAGCUGGAGUCUCGUGUGGAAGCACUGCUGCGGACUUUCGGCUACCUCGGUGCAGGCAGUGGAACACCCCCGCGCACCUCGGAGCUCAAAGAAAAGCUGUCAGAAUUGGAAAGCAGUGGGGCGUUAGCCCAUUCCACGCCUCUCUUUGACAAUGGGCUCUUGGAUGCGGAGAAUGCCAUCGAGGAUGACGACCUUGGUGGUUGGGAAGCAUGCCUCCCACCAGACUUGAAACGGGCUGGACCAGAAAUCUAUGCUUCGUUCCGAGCGUCGGGUGCAAGAAGCGCGCGCGAAUGGUUGAACCAAAUGAUCCCAUUAGAUCGUCGAGGCGACGCGUUGUACUUGGACUUGUUCAAUCAAGCAUCAUUGGUCGACUUUGCCGUGAAGGACGCCAAGGGUUCGCAGGCUCAGGCUCUCUCCCUGAUUGCGCGCAGCGACACAGCAGAGGUUGCCUUGAGGAGGCUCGCCUCUUAUGUGCACGAGAAGCGAACAGGCGAUCGGGAUGCAGCAACGUCUAUGCUGGCCAUUAAGCCAACGAAUCUUUCCCAUGACAUUGCGCCGGCAUGGUUGGUGUCGGAAGCAUCGUUGUUUGCCCAAGGCGAGCACAAACGCCGUGAAAGGGCCAAGGUGGCGGCAGACCGGCCGCAGCAGCCUCUCAAGGCUGACACCCUGGCGGCCCCUCAUGGGCAGCUGCUGGCUCAUUGGGGGCGACGCCGCCAAGUCAAACAGCAGAAGACGGAGGAGCAGCCACAGCGCAUGAUGAGCUUUUCCCGCUCCCAGUUUUCCAAGAGGUUGCGGCUUUGGAAGUACACAGUCGGUUUGAUUCAUUUUCUCAAUUUCAUGCAUGUGGGCACGAACAGACACAAGCAGAAGCUCUCUGGGUCAGCGGCGCGGGCUGAACCAAAUCAGGCGCAGAGAGCUGUGUGGAGACACCUGUUCGAGUUGAGCAGAGCUGGUCUUCGGGUCCGCCGGGAGGUCACUCCGACAGGCGGCCAAUCAGCUGUUGCGGCGCUCGUCAAGUCCGCCAAGGUGGACGUGAUGGGUUAUGCAUCAGUUUCCAAGACGCAUGCCCAAGUGCCCAUGGAAGCAGCACGUAUCGUGGAGCCUUCGGAUGAACACGUGGUCGACAUGUUACAAGCAUUGCCAUGUGAUGAAAGCCAGUUUUAUUCCCACGAAGAGAAUGUCAUUGAUCAUAUCGGAAAGAGCACAGUUAUCCAACACGAGCUGGAACAGCAAUAUGCGUUUGUAGGCGGUUGCUUGGACGAAUAUGUGAGCUACUUUCACCGCCAGGAUGUUCCUGCCAGCAUGUGGGAGUGGAGGCUCUUCCGUGAUGUCAAGGCAGUCGCUGGUUUUUCGGUGGUUCCAAAAAAAGAUGGUAUCUCUCAACGCAAGCUUUUGAUGUGUUGCUCUUUCAAUUACCUUCUCACUGAUCCGCGGCAUCGUUCCGCCCUAGGGAUGCAAGGGGCAGGGGCGCUUAAUCGUGUCCAUGUAGCAACGGGAGAGACGCUGGAGCUUGCAACGUGUGACCAGUCCAAUGCGUUCACGCAAGUCGCAGUACCGGCAUGGAUGAGUCCGUACUUAGCUACGCCUCCGAUUGUUGCUGCGCUCGUGUGGGAUGUGUUGCCCAAAGGCUUGCAGGAGACCAUUUGCGCGACAGAUUUGGUUUCGCCCUGUUACAGGCGCCUGCCCAUGGGAUGUAGCCAUUCUGUCCAUAUUUUGAUGAUGAUCAAUUUGCAGGCCAUAGGGCGAGCAAUGCGAGCAAAUUCCUUGAUCAGCACAGGCCAAAGCGACACCAAGUUGGAUCCAGAGGCCAUUGAUCCCCUUGAAACCCCAAAUGAAGAGCGCAUUCUAUUUGGUUGCACGGAUGAUGAGUGGUGGUCCCGUUUCCAGGUCGGGGCGGGACAACGCUUCGAGUCCGGCUACUCAGUUCAGGAGUGGUGGGAUGCUAUCCGUGCCGCACGGUCGGCGAACCAUCGCACGAUUGUGGUCAUGAAUUUCUUCGGAGGGGAGCGCAGAGAGGGUGAUGUGCAGGAUCAUGUUGAACGACUCGCCGCCGAAAAGGGACUCCAGGUGAUGAUGAUCACGAUUGACUUGGGUUGUGAUGCUCGUUGGGAUGUUGCGCAGCCGGACACUUUCCAUGAGAUCAUGCGGAUGUUGGAAGGCUUCGUUGACAUCAUAAUCGGAGGUCCCCCAUGUUCUACUGUUUCCCGGGCCAGACACAAGCGUGAACGGAGAAGUGACUCUUUGUGCUACCCGAGGCCGCUGCGCCUUCGGUGCUGCCCUUGGGGUCGUUCUGGCCUCACCAUCGCUGAGGAAGGGAGGUUGCGAGAAGCUAACCGCUUGUGGCUUCACUUCAUGAUGGCGUGCGAGAAAGUUUCUGCGCGAGGUGGUUUAGUGGGCCUCUGGUCUUUCGGAGCGCAGCUGAGGCGAGAACUAUAUUCAGUCCCUUUUGUAGUGUACAACUUCAUCGAUAAGUUCGAUGGCUCAACGGUCAGGCUGUGGCCAUCGGUGCGCCAAGAACUCAUUCACAUGGCGACUGCUGUUGAUUUCAUGUUCUUGAAUGUGGGUAUGCCUUUUUCGGCGGAUUUACUGGCCACAGAUGCCAUGGGGCAAAACGAACUUGACCAUGGUGGUUAUGGCAUUUGCCUAAGGUCAGUGAAGCUGAGCUGGAAGCACUGA